AUGACUCCACAAGGCCGGGAAAGAAAAAAGAGGGUCUGUCAGAAGCUGUGGCAUGAGGAGACAACAACAGUACCACAACUCUGUAUCUACAAGGGUGUGCUGGCUCUUCUCAAGGAGUAUGUAAUGGUUUUCCAGGGAAGCCAGACCUUAGUUCACAAACUCCAUGACCGACAGCUUGAGCUGUUCCUGGCCUUUCUGGCUUGCUUUAUGAAGAAUGAACACAUUACUCAGCUGUCUCCCAGGGCUCUGGGAGAGAUGGUUCUUGAGGAUGCCAUGUUGCUGCCCUCCAGGGAGGUUUACGUGGGACAGGAGGCUGACACGAUCAGGAGCCAGAAUCCCAAUCAUGCUCUGUUGAUGCCAUUCCUGGCAGAUGUCAGGAAAGCCUACACCACCACUGCAGUAUACCUCCAGAAGAAGCUCCCCUUGGCCAGUCCGACUCUGACGGCCCUGUCUGCUCUGGACCCACUUCUGAGAGGCCACUCACAGGCAACCAUACAGCUGAAGAGGCUGAGUGGUAUGCUGGGGCACCUCUUGCCAGCAGGUCACGACGUCCAUAGAGAGCUCCUGCUGUUCAAUGUUGACCUGAGCAUUCCCAGUUUCAAGGAGGGAGAUAGCAUGGUGGAGUGGUGGGGUACUGUCUUUGACAAGCCAGACAAGUAUCCAACCCUCAGUGCUUUGGUUAAAUGCUGCCUCUCCAUCUUUCAUGGACCAAGAGUGGAGUCCUCUUUUAGUUUGAUGAACAAUGUAAUUGAUCAAAGGAGUGGCAACAUGAAUGUAUCGACAUUUAAUGCAAUCCAGACAGUCAAGUACACCCUACAGUCCAGGAAGAAGACAGCUGUGGAGCUCUUCAGAAGGGAGGAUGCAAAGUUUGGGGAGGUGGACCGAACACUCUGCAAGAACAUCAACUCUGCAGCAGCCACAUACACACACCAGCAGAAGAAGAACCAGAAAGAAAAGCAGCAACAGCAGAGCAAGUAUGGCUCCCAAGCAUCUGGCAGUGCUCAGCAGACCAAAAGGCAGACAGCUGAAGAAGAGAAGAGGGCAAGGCUGAGACAUGUGGCCAAACAGCGAAAGCGGGCCAUGGAGACGCUUGUCCAGGCAAAGAGGAGGAGAAGACAGACUCCAUAGUCCAUGAGCCAGGACCCUAAAUUUAGGCUAUCAGUACCACCUUUUUACCACCAAACCCCUGUGCAUUCCCACCCAUAUUCAUGUUGUUUGUAUAACCUUGAUUAAUUUGAGUACUAAUUUUUUCUUAUAAUAUUUUGAUUUGAGUACUAUCUUAAUUUAUUAUCUUGUUUGUCCACCCUGUAUUAAAGCUGUGCUGUUGCGCAUUUCAUGAGAGAAGUUGCUAGUCUCGUUUCUUAUACAGCAUAGUUAAUGGUUGUGGUAACUUAUAUGAAAGGAAGGAACCACGCAACAACUUCUUGUUGUUAUAUGGACACUUUAUCCAUCAACAGCAU